CUGUGCCCGCAGUGUGUGCAGGGACCCUGAACGGGCUGAGCGUGACGGGGGACGCGCAGCACCAGUACCAGACCCUGCACAAGAUGUACAACAACUGCGAGAUCGUCAUGGGCAACCUGGAGAUCGUCCUCAUCGACCACGCGCAGGACCUCUCCUUCCUGCAGACCAUCCGGGAGGUGACGGGCUACAUCCUGAUCGCCAUGAACGUCUUCGCGUCGCUGCCGCUGCAGAACCUGCGCGUCAUCCGCGGAACCCAGUUCUACGAGGAGAAGUUCGCGCUCUUCGUGCUCCUCAACUACAACCCCAACGCCACCCACGCCCUGCGCCACCUCGGCCUCAACCAGCUCACAGAGAUCCUGGCUGGCGGCGUCUACAUCGAGAAGAACGCGCAGCUGUGCCACGUGGACACGGUGGAGUGGAGGGACAUCAUGCGGGACACCCGCCAGGAGCCCAUCGUGAGGGACAACGGCAAGGCCUGUGCCCCGUGCCACGAGAGCUGCGGAGGGCACUGCUGGGGGCCCGGCCCCGAGGACUGCCAGAAACUGACGAAGACCAUCUGUGCCCCCCAGUGCAACGGGCGCUGCUUCGGGCGGGCGCCCAACGAGUGCUGCCACGAGGAGUGUGCGGGGGGCUGCACCGGCCCCCUCCGCACCCACUGCUUCGCCUGCCGGCACUUCAACGACAGCGGGGAGUGUGUCCCGCUGUGCCCCCAGCCCCUCAUCUACAACAAGCUGACCUUCCAGCUGGAGCCCAACCCCGACACCAAGUACCAGUACGGGGGCGUCUGCGUCCGGGAGUGCCCCCACAACUUCGUGGUGGACCAGAGCUCCUGCGUCCGCGCCUGCCCCAACGACAAGAUGGAGGUGGAGAAGAACGGGCUGAAGAUGUGCGAGCCCUGUGGGGGGCUGUGCCCCAAGGCCUGCGAGGGCACCGGCGCCGGCAGCAAGUACCAGACCGUGGACUCCAGCAACAUCGACACCUUCAUCAACUGCACCAAGAUCCUGGGCAACCUGGACUUCCUCAUCACGGGCCUGGAGGGGGAUCCCUGGCGCAACAUCUCGGCGCUGGACCCCGAGAAGCUGAACGUGUUCCGGACGGUGCGGGAGAUCACGGGGUACCUGAACAUCCAGUCCUGGCCCAAGCACAUGCAAAACUUCAGCGUCUUCUCCAACCUGGAGACCAUCGGCGGACGGAGCCUCUACAAAGCCUGCUCUGAGCCCCCUCUUCCCCCCGCAGAGCAAGAGGGGAAGGUGUGUGACCCGCUGUGCUCGGCCGAGGGCUGCUGGGGGCCCGGCCCCGGGCAGUGCCUGUCCUGCCGCCACUACAGCCGGCGCGGGGUCUGCGUGCCCACCUGCCGCUUCACCCACGGGGAGACCCGGGAGUUCUCCCAGGACGGCGAGUGCUUCGAGUGCCACCCCGAGUGCGAGCGCAUCGAGGGCGGCGUCACCUGCAACGGCUCGGGCGCCGACACCUGCACCCGCUGUGCCCACUAUCGCGACGGGCCCCACUGCGUGGAGAGAUGUCCCGACGGCGUCCUGGGCGAGCGCGGCCCCAUCUACAAGUUCCCCGACGGCAGCCGCGAGUGCCGGCCCUGCCACGAGAACUGCACCCGCGGGUGUCUGGGGCCGCUGCUGCGGGACUGCCUGGGGGACGCCCUGCCCGUGUCCAGAAAGGCACCGACGCUGAUCGCGGUGAUGGUGGUCGGGGGGCUCUUCCUCUCCUGCUCCAUCGUCCUCCUCGCGCUGCUCUACUGGCGGGGAAAGAAGAUCCAGAAGAAACGGGCGAUGCGGCGCUACCUGGAGAGGGGAGAGAGCCUGGAGCCGCUGGAUCCCAGUGAAAAGGCCAACAAGGUGCUGGCCCGAAUCUUCAAGGAGACGGAGCUGAAGCGGCUGAAGGUUCUGGGCUCCGGUGUCUUUGGCACCGUGCACAAGGGCAUCUGGAUCCCAGAUGGGGACUCCAUCAAGAUCCCAGUGAGCAUCAAGGUGAUCCAGGACUGGAGUGGGCAGCAGUCCUUCCACGCCGUCACCGACCACAUGCUGGCCAUCGGCAGCCUGGACCACUCGUACAUCGUGCGGCUGCUGGGGAUCUGCCCCGGGCCGCAGCUCCAGCUGGUGACGCAGCUCCUGCCCCUCGGCUCCGUCCUGGAAUACGUGCGCAAGAACCGCGACUCCAUCAGCCCCCAGCUGCUGCUCAACUGGUGCGUCCAGGUGGCCAAGGGCAUGUACUACCUGGAGGAGCACCGCAUGGUCCACCGCAACCUGGCCGCCCGCAACGUGCUGCUCAAGUCUCCCAGCCAGGUGCAGGUGGCGGAUUUCGGCAUCGCCGACCUGCUCUACCCCGACGACAAGAAGUAUUUCUACAACGAGGUCAAGACGCCCAUCAAGUGGAUGGCACUGGAGAGCAUCCACUUCGGGAAGUACACGCACCAGAGCGACGUCUGGAGCUACGGCGUGACGCUGUGGGAGAUGAUGACCUUCGGCUCCGAGCCCUACGCCGGGAUCCGCCUGGCAGAGGUGCCCGACCUGCUGGAGAAGGGCGAGCGGCUCUCGCAGCCCCAGAUCUGCACCAUCGACGUCUACAUGGUGAUGGUGAAAUGCUGGAUGAUCGACGAGAACAUCCGUCCCACCUUCAAGGAGCUGGCGAACGAGUUCACCCGCAUGGCCCGGGACCCCCCACGCUACCUGGUGAUCAAGGAGAGCGGGGCCGUGCCCCCCGCCGAGCCCCCCACCCUCAGCGACAAGGAGCUGGACGACAUGGAGACGCUGGAGCUGGACGAGGAGGAGGAGCUGGACGUCUCCUUCGGCCCCACCACCGGGCUGUACCCACAGCGCCCGCGGGGCAGCUGCGCCCGGAGCCCCAGCCUGCUCAGCCCCCCCGCCGGAUACAUCCCCAUGAACCAGCCCGGCCUCGGCAGCACCCGCCUGGGCGGGGGGUCGCGGCCGCUGCGCCGCAGCCGUCAGGAGUCCCUGGGCCGGACGGUGUCGGAGUCGUCGGAGGGUCGCGGCACCGCCUCGGAGCUGGACCUGGGCGAGGGCGGGUCCCUGUCCGGGAGCCUCUGUCGCAGCCUCCGCUCGCGGGGGGACAGCGCGUACCUGUCCCAGCGGGAGAGCUUCCCCCCCCCGCCCCCCAGCUCCGAGGGCAGCGAGGAGGACCCCAACGGAUACGUGACCCCCAACUGCGCCCAGCGGGAUCCAGACCCCGCCGGGGGCUCGAUGCCGGAGCCGGAGGAGGAGGAGUACGAGUACAUGAACCGUCGGCCCGGGGGCGCCCCGGGAGCCCCCCAACCCCGGCCGGCCUCGCUGGAGGAGCUGGGCUACGAGUACAUGGAGGUGGGCUCAGAGCCGGGGGGGCCCCCGGGUGCCCCCCCGGGCCGGGGCGGGCAGGACGAGGAGGACUAUGAGUACAUGAACAAGCAGCCGCGGCUGAGCCGCUCGCUGGGCAGCGUGUCCGGGGGGCCAGGACCCCGCCCCGAGGGCAGCCCCCCCCGCCACGACGGCUACACCGACAUGCGCCCGGGGGAGACCCCCGCGCCCCCCGCCCCGGAGGAGGAGCAGGGCUACGAGGAGAUGGAGGCCGUGGUGACCCCGCGCUGCCCCGGCUGCCGCGGGCCCCCCACCCCCUGCAUGAAGCCCCUGCGCAGCCUGGAGGCCUCGGACUGUGCCUUCGACAACCCCGACUAUUGGCACAGCCGCCUCUUCGCCAAGGCCGAUGCCCAGCGGACGUAGGGGACCCCCCGGGCCCCCCCCCGGGCUACUCACACUGGAUAUGAAGGAUCCCCCCCGGGGGGUGAACCCCGGCGGAAGGUGGGCGGGGACCGGGGGGGGUCUCAGCCCGGUCUGGGGGG